ACAAAUGGUUUUCAAGACAGAGGGGUUGGAACAUUUAGCCAAAGUGAGAUGAGAAAAUCCCUUGAUAGUUGUGGGGCUGAGGAGCUAAUUAAGAAUUACUUUAACAACAAAGCUGCUGAUUCUGGAAUUGAUGAAUCUUGUCAGAGAUACAUUUUAUGCAACUGUUUGCUUGAAAAGGACUCUCAGUUCAGUGAAAGCAAGGUAGCUGUAACCUUGAGCAGUGAGCAUAAGUUACAUGUGCUACUCCUUGAAAACUCAUGUGAUGGGUCAGGUUCAAGAUUAAGAUUGGUUGGCUGUCAUGGUACACAACAGAUGAGAGAGAUUUUUGUGGGUUUGGGACUUCAGAUUGUAAGAGUGUGCUUUGAACGGGACACAACCUACCUCUUCGUGACCAGAAAUAUAGACGUAUCCAGAGAACUAUUAUCGAUAUUAGGGUUUACUGAUUCACAUGUGAUGGAAAAUAACUGUUCUCUGCGAAGUUUGGAGAAGGUUCAGGCUGAUCUUUUCGAAAGACAUGUCUGUGGAGGUUUGAAGAUGAGCAUUCUUCAGUAUUCAAUGGUGAUGUUCUGGUGCAACAAUUCGAAAGAGGAUUCAUGGAUGGGGAGAUCACUAUUUGUGCUUGGGAGGCAUCUACUUCUGUGCAUGGAAGAUGUAAUCCUGCUUGGUUCCCUUUCUGAGAGUGCAUCUUGCUCCUCCUAUUUCUCGUUGGACUCUUGUUGUUCCAUUGUCAGCGUGUCAGAAGUGGUAAUCGAAACCACAGAUUGCUAUUGUGUGACCUUGACUUUGGAAGGUGUCAUGUCCGAGUUCCCCCUUUCAUUGAAGGAGGGCAAGGUAGUCAAAAAUACGAAACUCAUGAAGAGAAAACCUGUCUCAGGUCCUCUGAAAUGGAAGCUAAAAUGGUUUUCAGAAGAAAGUCUCUUCAAGUUUGUGGCUUUAUUGAAAGCAUUACAUAGUGAAGCAACCACAAGUGCCCUACUUGUCAACUGUUAUUAAAGCGAGCAAAAUCUGUUUUGUUUUCUUUCUCAGUUCUAUUUUAUAUUCAUUUCAUUCUUUGGUCUGAUAAACUCUUCCUGUUCCCCUAGGCAGUGUUGUAUUUGCUUUCCUUUUAUUUCGGUUGUUGUGUUUUCCAUUCUUUGAUUUAUUGUGUAG